ACUCGCGGCGGCGCCGGCACCGCGACAGCGCCCUGCGCUUGCCUCCCCGCCGGCCCCGGCCGCCGCCUGCAGGCAGCCGCUCCGUCCGCGAGGGGAGCGCAGCCCCGCGCCCGGCCGCGGCGCCCAUGACCAGCGACUUCCUGAAGCCCUGACUGCCCAGGGUGCAACAUCUGGCAGCGAUGAACGCGAGCGCCACCUCGCUCAACGAGUCCCAAGUGGUGGCAGUGGCGGCCGAGGGAGCGGCAGCGGCGGCCAGAGCGGCAGCGGCGUCGGACACCGGUGAAUGGGGGCCUCCUGCAGCGGCAGCGGCGCUAGGAGGCGGCGGUGGGGCCAAUGGGUCCCUGGAGCUGUCCUCACAGCUGUCGGCCGGGCCGCCCGGACUGCUGCUGCCAGCUGUGAAUCCGUGGGACGUGCUUCUGUGCGUGUCGGGGACAGUGAUCGCGGGCGAAAAUGCGCUGGUGGUGGCGCUCAUCGCGUCCACCCCGGCGCUGCGCACGCCCAUGUUCGUGCUGGUGGGUAGCCUGGCCACCGCCGACCUGCUGGCGGGCUGCGGCCUCAUCCUGCACUUCGUGUUCCAGUAUCUGGUGCCCUCGGAGACUGUGAGCCUGCUCACGGUGGGCUUCCUCGUGGCCUCCUUCGCCGCCUCGGUCAGUAGCCUGCUGGCCAUUACGGUGGACCGAUACCUGUCCCUCUAUAACGCGCUAACUUACUACUCGCGCCGGACUCUGUUGGGCGUGCACCUCCUGCUCGCCGCCACCUGGACGGUGUCCCUAGGUCUCGGGCUCCUGCCCGUGCUUGGCUGGAACUGCCUGGCAGAGCGCUCAGCCUGCAGCGUGGUGCGCCCGCUGACACGCAGCCACGUGGCGCUGCUCUCCGCAGCCUUCUUCAUGGUCUUCGGUAUCAUGCUGCACCUGUACGUGCGCAUCUGCCAGGUGGUCUGGCGCCACGCGCACCAGAUCGCACUGCAGCAGCACUGCCUGGCGCCGCCUCACCUCGCAACCACCAGAAAGGGCGUGGGAACGCUGGCCAUGGUGCUGGGCACUUUCGGCGCCAGCUGGUUGCCCUUCGCCAUCUAUUGCGUGGUGGGCAGCCACGAGGACCCAGCAGUCUACACCUACGCCACGCUGCUGCCCGCUACCUACAACUCCAUGAUCAAUCCCAUCAUCUAUGCCUUCCGCAACCAGGAGAUCCAGCGCGCCCUGUGGCUCCUAUUCUGUGGCUGUUUCCAGUCCAAAGUGCCCUUCCGCUCCAGGUCCCCCAGUGAGGUCUGAAGGGUUCCUUCCGCGUCCUCCCACCAACACCACACCCCCAACAAGCCAGCCUUUGGUGAGCUUCUAGGUGCCUGCUGAUGAACUCAGAUCCCAAUGGUGUGCCUCUGACUUUGGGAAGAAAGACGGAAUAAACAUAAAUGCAACAAACUCACAAGGACAAGAGGCUUGUUGGCACUUUACAUAUACAGUGUAUACAUGUGUACAUAUAUAUACAAAUAUUUGUAUAUUCUGGAGGUGUUCAGGAUGUAGAGCUUCCUGUUAAUGUGAGAAACUAACAAAAAGAUGUGGUUGUAUACUCAAAUCAUACAUCACAUUUGUCAAGUGGAGACAUUCCAAUACUGCUUAAUUAUAGCACUUUAUUUUUAGCUGCUGAACUGCCAAAACAGUGUUGCCAUUUUCAAGGGCAGGGGAAAGGGAGUAAAAGGUGUAUUUUUGUUGUAUGUGAUAGACUAUUUUGCUGCACAUGCAUCAACAAAUUACAACAUAUUUUGUACACAAAUAAACACACUAUAAAAAUG